AUGCCGAACUCAUCUGCUAAUAUAUCCAAAGUUGGAGGAAGAGGUCAACGCCCAUCGAAAGGCAACGCAAAAGAGAUCCCAUACGAUCAGAGGAUGAACGACCUAAUGGUUGAAAACAUGAAAAAGUACACAAACAUGUCCGAUGAAGAAAUCGACGAAUUCGUAUAUUACUUGGUAGCAAUGAACUAUCUCAGACUUCCCAACCACAUGGGUGGUGCCAUCAUGCCAGGGAACAAACACUAUCGAAUGGACGGCACCGAACAUACCCUCGCAGACGUAGAUCACCGUAUCGUGGCACAGGAAAUCGAGAAGCAAAUUGCAAAGCAACCCGAGGAUCGUCGGACGGAAAUGUACAAGAAAGUCGUAGAAGGAGUAAAACAUGCGCAGAAGGAGCCGGAUUGGAAAAGACCAGCUAUUGAGCCCAAUAAGGAUCCUCCAACGCCUUUCUCGACCUCCAAAGCUAUAUGUGGCAUCUCUCCUCCUGAAACUUUCAAGGGCAACGAAGCCAAGUCUAACCAGCAGCUUAUCGAUGACCUGGCUUCAGCAGUUGGGAUGAGCGACAGAACAAAGGGCAUGGUACAAGCUCAAAUCAUUCACCGCGAUGCGUCGGGAGACGACAAAAGGCCUGCCUUCGUCAUGUUUGGCGGACCCGAGGGAGGCAAAGUAUCCGGUGGUCGCUUAGGACGUGAUCAUCAACUCACAGAUGUACCAAACCAUUUCGUCCGCGACACCAUUAUGGAUUACAUCAAUUCAGAAGUUGAAGAAGACAAGAAAAAAUAUGCCCGCACAGCAGUCUUCUCCGACCUCAGCCCGUCAGAAAUAGCAGCAUACUCCGCAACAGUAUCAGCAUCGAAGGACGAAGAACGCCGCAAAGAAAUCGAACAAGAACAGCACGAUGAGGACAUCUUGAACAUCAUGGAGAACCAUAAGCCGAAGCCAAAGUCCCUAGACGAAGCCCUAAACAUUUUGCAACAGAGAGACUUGCUCGACAGCAUCCCUGACGAGGAUCUCGAUCUGACUCAACGUGGAAAUCAUGGAUACUUUGACACCGACUUCGAAGGCGUCUUCAAAUCCGUCGUGAAACCAGGGUCAAAAAAGCUUCCGUUUGAGUCAGAGACAAGACCUCCAUUGGAGAUAGACCUCGACUGCGAUCAGAUUCGCGCAUGCAUCAAACGUUUCACUCGCGAUGGAAUCUGGUCAAUUGAUCAAUUCAGACUGGCCUUGGGGCAAAUCGCGCGACCAGAACUGACCAAGUUUUUGGGUUUGAGAGGGCCGGGUGAGGGUAGAACCUUGAGGGUUCGUACAGUUUGUUGGCAGUUCUUCAAGUGGAGAGAGGUGCUGGGUCUAGACAUGACUAAAAGCUCACAGGAUGAUAUCAAAAAGAUUCAGGAAAAAGGCAAGAAGCGCGCAGCUGGUGAUGACGAUCAGACUCCGGGAAAGAAAGCGAAACCAUCAACCGCUGAAUGGCUGGAUACAGCUCAACAGUCAGCCGUGAGAGUGCAAAGAGAUCCAUCCAAUCGCAGUAACCCGACUCCAACAAGAUAA